GGAAGGAUCGGAGAGGGGUGGAGGAAAAGAAGAAGAAGGCAAGGAACAAGAAAAAUCGAGAAGGAAGCUGCGGCUGAAAUCUGGAACUUGGAGGAGGAAUUUCGGGCAGAGUGAAACGGAUGAAAAAGGAAGAAAAGGGGACCGGAUAGAAAAAGAGAAGGAACCAAGGGAAAUGGGAGCUUCAGCUUCAAUCAUUCGAUAAAAAUUUUUUCCAAUCACCACUGCCAAAUUUCCCACCACCUCAACCGGCUGCCGGCUGCCACCACUCUCUUUCCACCCUCCGUCCUCAAAUUCCCCCCAAUUUCCCCAAACGACUCCUCCACAAAACCCCUCAUUUCCCAUUCUGCUCUUCCCCGCUUCCAAUACAAGCCUUUUCUGCCAACGCCUCCACCACAGCCCUUCCCCUUUACCGCCAUCUCUGUCCGCGCCAAGCCCAAAGAACUCAUCCUCAGCAACCUUUCUGUUCUCGGUGGAAAGGACAAGAACAGCUACGACGUCGAGACUCUCAUCAACUUCUUCUCCACCUGCUCCUCUGCCGUGGAUGGUUUGAGCAGCAACAGCAGCGGAGAUUUCCAACUCACCGAGCCGUCACCACUUCAUCGGAUAUCCAUUGCCGCUUGCGAAUUUCACCAAGAAAGCCUUGCAUUAAAAUAUCGAUUGGAGAAAUUGAAGGCAAAGACACUUUUUGGAACUCCAACCUCAAAUUCUUUAUAAAACCCAAGAAGGAACAGAACAGGGAACACAUGGAUGAAAUUGGAUGUAGAAUUCAUGUUCUGGCCAUCCCAUCCCCACUCCAAGGCCACCUCAAUCCGAUGCUGCAAUUAUGCAAGCGUUUAACCUCAAAGGGUGUUAGAAUCACGCUAGUCACAAGCACCUCAGCACGUUUAUCGGUGCAAAAUCAGUUUGAAUCGAUCCAGAUCGAGUAUAUUCUAGACGAUCAUAACAUUGAAGCUGAGGGAUCAAAAUAUUCAGAGAAAACUACUGCCUUCUUGAAACGGUUUAAUACCGCAGUUUCAGACAAUUUGGCCAAGCUAGUCAAGGAAAAGGCAAGUUCUGGUCAUCCUGUGAAAACAGUUCUGUAUGAUUCAAUGAUGCCAUGGAUUUUGGAGAUAGUGCAGGGACAACUAGGCCUUAAAGGGGCUGCGUUUUUCACUCAGGCUUGCGCUGUUUGCGCAAUAUUCAACCAUAUUCAUCGAGGAACAUUGAAAGUUCCUCUAGAGACAUCUACCAUAUUGCUUCCUUCAAUGCCACAACUGGAGUCGAACGAUCUGCCGUCUUUUGUUUAUAACCCUAGUCCAUACCCGGGUCAUUUGGAUGUUGUCCUCAGUCAGAAUAUAAACCUGGAGAAAUCAGAUUGCCUCUUGUUCAACUCUUUUGACAAGCUAGAAAAUGAGGUAGUGACCUGGUUGACAGAACGGUAUCCAAUCAAGACCAUAGGCCCUUGUACUCCAUCCAUGUACACUGACAAGCGAUUGAAAGAUGACAAAGAUUACACCAUCAAUUUCUUCGCACCAGAUUCAGGAGCUUGCCUAAAAUGGCUUGACACCAAGGAAACAGGCUCAGUUGUUUAUGUAUCCUUCGGUAGUGUCUCAGACCUUGGAGAAAAUCAAAUGCAGGAAAUAGCAUGCGGCCUGAUGAAUAGCAAUUGUAACUUCUUAUGGGUAGUUCGACCUUCUGAAGAGAGGAAAAUUCCUAGAGAUUUCAUGUCCGAGGCACAAGAAAGAGGUCUAAUCGUGAAUUGGUGCCCUCAAAUAAAGGUUUUGUCACACAGGGCAGUGGGAUGCUUCAUGAGUCAUUGUGGUUGGAAUUCGACAAUUGAAGCAUUGAGCUUGGGUGUGCCAAUGGUGACCAUGCCAGUGUGGGUUGAUCAACCUACAAAUUCUAAGUAUAUUGUGGAUGUAUGGAAGGUAGGAUUGCGAGUUAAGGCCAGUGAGGAAAGGGAAAUGGUAACAAGAGAAGAAGUAGAAGGAACUAUAAGAGAAGUUAUGCAUGGGGAGAAGGCAAGUGAGCUUAGAAACAAUGCUUUGAGGUGGAAGGAGUUGGCUAAGGAGGCAAUUAGUGAAGGAGGAAGCUCAGACAAAAACAUUGAAGAAUUUGUUUUCAGUCUUGAAAGCAUUUAGUUAUAUUAAUAUCCAAUUUUCUUCACACAUCUUUCAAAUCUUAAUGAUCUGUUUU